AUGAAGUCAGACGGGAACGCGAUGGAGCAGAAGCUUGGCCCUUCCUCCAAUCUUUCAUCAACUCACAGUGAUUCGUUAGGUGGGCACUUGAGACUUCGUUGUUAUAUUUCUGAUGGGCAGCAUGGACUGCUGGACAUGCCGGUGGCCCAUCCCUUCUGUGCGUGGGAAUGUGCUGUGGAUGCGAGAAUCCGUGUCGACCCUUAA